AUGUGUCUUGGGUCGUCCCCUGAGCUUCCAGCCAGUGGGACGUACCCGGAACACCUCUCCAGGGAGUCCCUGCUGGCUGUUUCUUCUUCUCCCCUAGAAAUGAACAUGUUUCGUGCUGUUGUCUUCUUCCUGGCUUAUUUCGGCCAUGCUACUUCAGCAUGCCCGGCGCUUUGCAAAUGCUACUCAAGAAGAUCAGAGGUGGUCUGCAACGAGGUCCCCCUGACCGAAUUCCCCUCUGUAGGUCUCCCAGAGAAUACCACUACCCUUACCAUCCAGUUCACUAACAUCACAUCCAUUUCUGAGGAGGAUCUCAAAGCGAUACCCAAGCUGAAGGAGCUCCACCUGUUCAGCAAUCACUUAAAAAACCUGUCCUCACAUCUCCUCAGGGGCGUGCCACACCUCACCACUUUGGACCUGACUGGCAACAAACUGAGGCACUUGCCUGCAGAUGUCUUCAGCCAUGCCCCGCUUCAAAUACUUGUGCUCAAAAACAACCUUAUCGAGAAAGCGGAAGCUUCGUGGCUUCCAGAUAACUCCAACCUUACCUGGCUGGACGUCUCUGGGAAUCGUUUGACGAAUGUCCCUGCGGAUUUUCUUAAAAAGAUCCCCCACUUGGAAAACCUUGACCUCUCCCACAACCAUCUAGAGAAGCUCUCAGCAGGUUCCCUGGAUCCACUCACCAAACUUGAUCGCCUGAAUCUGCGCAACAACAAACUCGAAAAUCUCAACGCUUCUUUACUCCAUAGCACCCGGAACCUUACCUACCUGUUCCUCUCCAGGAACAAGCUUAGUCGUGUACCCCAGAACAUUUUUCAGGAGCUCACUCAGCUCAAACAUCUCAGUCUGGAUGACAACCAACUCAGCAGCAUCCCCUCAGGACUGCUCAACCAUCUGAACGCCCUGGAGGAUGAGGGGCUGGAUCUGACUGCAAACCCGUGGAUGUGUGAUGGGAAGAUUGAGUACCUCUUCGGGUGGCUCCAGAAGAACCAAAAGAAAGCGUUCCUACCGGAGACCAUCAUUUGUUCCGGUCCUCAGUCUCUGAAGAGUCGCUCGGUGAUGUCACUCAAAGAGACUGAGCUAAAAAUCUGA